CAACUUGAAGCAUCAAUAGAUCUGAGCCACUCAUUUGGAACAAACUAAGAAUUGCCAAAGUGCCAAAAUGAGCACCGACGCAGAGAUGGAGCAGUAUGGCCCUGCGGCCAUAUAUCUCCGCAAGCCAGAGAGGGAAAGGAUUGAGGCUCAAAACACCCCAUUUGAUGCCAAAACAGCCUACUUUGUUGUUGAUGCUGAUGAGAUGUACAUCAAGUGUAAACUUGUCAAGAAGGACGGUGGCAAAGUCACUGUGGAGACAACCACAGGAAAGUCUCUCACUGUGAAAGAGGAUGACAUCCAUCCCAUGAAUCCUCCAAAGUUUGACAAGAUUGAGGACAUGGCCAUGAUGACCCACCUCAAUGAGCCUUGUGUGUUGUAUAACCUCAAAGAUCGUUUUGCGUCCUGGAUGAUCUAUACUUACUCAGGCUUGUUCUGCGUCGUCGUGAACCCCUACAAGUGGCUCCCAGUGUACGAUGCUCAAGUUGUUGKGGCAUACAGAGGCAAGAAGAGGAUUGAGGCUCCACCCCACAUCUUCUCUGUCUCUGACAAUGCCUAUCAGUUCAUGCUCACUGAUCGUGAGAACCAGUCAAUCCUUAUYACUGGAGAAUCCGGUGCCGGAAAGACUGUAAACACCAAGCGUGUCAUUCAGUACUUUGCAACAAUUGCAAUGACUGGAUCAAARAAGGCAGAACCUGCUGCUGGAAAGAUACAGGGUUCACUGGAAGAUCAAAUCAUUGCAGCCAACCCUUUGCUCGAGGCCUAUGGUAAUGCCAAAACUGUGAGGAAUGACAACUCUUCUCGUUUUGGUAAAUUCAUCAGAAUUCAUUUUGGAACAAGUGGCAAACUGGCCUCGGCAGAUAUUGAAACAUAUCUGCUGGAGAAGUCYCGUGUCACCUUCCAGCUGUCWGCUGAAAGGAGCUACCAUAUCUUCUAUCAGCUCAUGACAGGCCACAAGCCUGAGCUUUUGGAGGCUCUGCUGAUCACUACAAACCCUUUUGAUUAUCCCAUGAUUAGUCAGGGUGAGGUGACAGUCAAGAGCAUCAAUGAUGUGGAGGAGUUCAUUGCAACAGAUACGGCAAUUGACAUCUUGGGCUUCACUGCUGAUGAGAAAAUCAACAUCUACAAGCUGACUGGUGCUGUGAUGCAUCAUGGMAACAUGAAAUUCAAGCAGAAGCAGCGUGAGGAGCAGGCUGAACCAGACGGCACUGAGGUGGCUGAUAAAAUCGCCUACCUUUUUGGACUGAACUCAGCUGAUAUGCUGAAAGCUCUGUGCUACCCAAGAGUCAAAGUYGGAAAUGAGAUGGUCACCAAAGGUCAGACCGUCCCACAGGUAAACAAUGCUGUCAUGGCUUUAUGCAAGUCUGUCUAUGAGAAAAUGUUCUUGUGGAUGGUCAUCCGUAUCAAUGAGAUGUUGGACACAAAGCAGCCAAGAACAUUCUUCAUUGGAGUGUUGGACAUUGCUGGAUUUGAGAUCUUUGAUUUCAACAGCUUGGAGCAGCUCUGCAUCAACUUCACCAAUGAGAAACUGCAACAGUUCUUCAACCAUCACAUGUUUGUGCUGGAACAAGAGGAGUACAAGAAGGAGGGUAUUGAGUGGGAGUUCAUUGACUUCGGUAUGGACUUGGCUGCCUGCAUUGAGCUUAUUGAGAAGCCAAUGGGCAUCUUCUCCAUCCUUGAAGAGGAGUGCAUGUUCCCCAAGGCCUCUGAUACAACUUUCAAGAACAAGCUGAUUGAUCARCAUCUUGGCAAGACCAAGGCCUUUGAGAAGCCAAAGCCUGCCAAGGGCAAAGCUGAGGCUCACUUCUCCCUGGUUCACUAUGCUGGUACAGUGGACUACAACAUCACUGGCUGGCUGGACAAGAACAAGGACCCACUGAACGACUCAGUUGUUCAGCUCUACCAGAAGUCUUCCAACAAACUAUUGUGUCUUCUAUAUAUUGCUCAUGCCGCAGCUGAAGCUGAAGGUGGUGGUGGAAAGAAGGGUGGUAAGAAGAAGGGUGGUUCCUUCCAGACUGUGUCUGCUCUUUUCAGGGAAAAUCUGGGCAAACUGAUGACCAACUUGAGGAGCACMCAUCCUCAYUUUGUGCGUUGCCUGAUCCCCAAUGAAUCAAAGACCCCAGGUCUUAUGGAGAACUUCUUGGUCAUCCAUCAGCUGAGGUGUAACGGUGUGCUGGAGGGCAUCAGAAUCUGCAGAAAGGGAUUCCCAAGCAGAAUCCUCUAUGGUGACUUCAAGCAGAGAUACAAAGUACUGAAUGCCAGUGUCAUUCCUGAGGGACAGUUUAUUGACAACAAAAAAGCCUCAGAGAAGCUACUGGGCUCCAUUGAUGUAGACCACACRCAGUACAAGUUUGGACACACAAAGGUAUUCUUCAAAGCUGGUCUGCUGGGUACUCUUGAGGAGAUGAGAGAUGAGAAACUGGCUGAGCUGGUGACCAUGACUCAGGCUCUUUCCAGAGGUUAUGUGAUGAGGAAGGAAUUUGUCAAGAUGAUGGAGAGGAGAGAGUCUAUUUUCGCAAUCCAGUACAACAUUCGCUCAUUCAUGAAUGUGAAGAACUGGCCAUGGCUGAAACUUUACUUCAAGAUCAAGCCUCUUCUGAAGAGUGCUGAGACUGAGAAAGAGCUGCAGAAUAUGAAGGAGAAUUAUGAGAAGAUGAAAACAGACCUGGCUACUGCUUUGGCCAAAAAGAAGGAACUGGAGGAGAAAAUGGUUUCCCUGCUGCAGGAGAAGAAUGACUUGCAGCUCCAAGUGGCUGCUGAAGUUGAGAACCUGGGGGAUGCUGAGGAAAGGUGUGAGGGACUCAUCAAGAGCAAGAUCCAGCUCGAGGCCAAACUCAAGGAGACAAGUGAGAGACUGGAGGAUGAAGAGGAAAUCAAUGCUGAGCUGACUGCCAAGAAGAGGAAGCUGGAGGAUGAAUGCUCUGAGCUGAAGAAGGACAUUGAUGACUUAGAGCUCACCUUGGCCAAAGUGGAGAAGGAGAAGCAUGCCACUGAAAACAAGGUGAAAAAUCUGACAGAGGARAUGGCUACUCAGGAUGAGGCCAUUGCUAAGCUGACCAAAGAGAAGAAAGCUCUCCAAGAGGCUCAUCAACAAACACUGGAUGAUCUCCAGGCAGAGGAAGACAAAGUCAACACUCUGACAAAGGCCAAGACAAAGCUGGAACAGCAAGUGGAUGAUCUUGAAGGCUCACUGGAACAAGAGAAAAAGCUCCGCAUGGACCUUGAGAGAGCCAAGAGAAAGCUUGAAGGAGAUCUGAAACUGGCCCAGGAGUCCAUAAUGGAUCUGGAGAACGACAAGCAGCAAUCUGAUGAGAAAAUCAAGAAGGCUGUGAACUCCAAGUGUGCCUCUUUGGAGAAGACCAAGCAGAGACUGCAGGGUGAGGUGGAGGAUCUUAUGAUUGAUGUGGAGAGAGCUAAUGCUCUGGCUGCCAACCUUGACAAGAAGCAGAGGAACUUUGACAAGGUCCUGGCAGAAUGGAAGCAGAAGUAUGAGGAGAGCCAGGCUGAGCUGGAGGGAGCCCAAAAGGAGGCUCGUUCUCUGAGCACUGAGCUGUUCAAGAUGAAGAACUCUUAUGAGGAGGCCCUGGAUCAGCUGGAGACCCUAAAGAGGGAGAACAAAAACCUGCAGCAGGAGAUYUCAGAUCUGACUGAACAGAUUGGUGAGACUGGAAAGACCAUUCAUGAGCUGGAGAAAGCCAAAAAGACUGUGGAGACAGAGAAAUCUGAAAUUCAGUCUGCACUGGAGGAAGCUGAGGGCACUCUGGAGCACGAGGAGGCCAAGAUUCUCCGUGUCCAGCUUGAGCUCAACCAGGUCAAGAGUGAGAUUGACAGRAAGCUGGCUGAGAAGGAUGAGGAAAUGGAGCAGAUCAAGAGAAACAGCCAGAGGGUGAUUGACUCCAUGCAGAGCACUCUUGAUGCUGAGGUCAGGAGCAGGAAUGAUGCCCUGAGAGUCAAGAAGAAGAUGGAGGGAGACCUGAAUGAGAUGGAGAUUCAGCUGAGCCAUGCCAACAGGCAGGCUGCUGAGGCCCAGAAACAACUGAGGAAUGUUCAGGGACAGCUCAAGGAUGCCCAACUGCACCUUGAUGAUGCUCUUAGAGGACAGGAGGAYAUGAAGGAGCAGGUUGCCAUGGUGGAGCGCAGGAAUGGUCUGAUGUUGGCUGAGAUUGAGGAGCUGAGAGCUGCUCUGGAACAGACAGAGAGAUCACGAAAAGUGGCUGAGCAGGAGUUGGUUGAUGCCAGUGAGCGUGUUGGACUGCUUCACUCUCAGAACACCAGCCUUAUAAACACCAAGAAGAAGCUGGAGGCUGAUCUUGUCCAGGUUCAGGGUGAGGUGGAAGAUGCAGUUCAGGAAGCAAGAAACGCUGAGGAGAAAGCCAAGAAAGCCAUCACUGAUGCUGCCAUGAUGGCUGAGGAGCUGAAGAAGGAGCAGGACACCAGUGCUCACUUGGAGAGGAUGAAGAAGAACCUGGAGGUCACUGUUAAGGACCUGCAGCACCGUCUGGAUGAGGCCGAGAACCUCGCCAUGAAGGGUGGCAAGAAGCAGCUUCAGAAACUGGAGCACAGGGUGCGUGAACUAGAAGCUGAAGUUGAAACUGAGCAGAAACGUGGAGCUGAUGCUGUUAAAGGAGUCCGCAAAUAUGAGAGGAGAGUGAAGGAGCUGACCUACCAGACUGAGGAGGACAAGAAGAAUUUGGUCAGACUUCAGGACCUGGUGGACAAGCUGCAGCUCAAAGUCAAGGCUUACAAGAGACAAGCUGAGGAGGCUGAGGAGCAGGCCAACACCCACAUGUCCAGGCUCAGGAAGGUCCAGCAUGAGAUGGAGGAGGCUCAGGAGCGUGCUGACAUCGCUGAGUCCCAGGUCAACAAGCUCAGAGCCAAGAGCCGUGAUGUUGGAAAGUCGGACUCUGCAGAAUAGGAGUCAUCUUUCAGUCAAGUCCUUUCAAUUGAGUUUAUACAAUAUAAAUUAGUUGUUUAAGGAUCUUUUGUCGUAAAAUAAAGAUGAUAUUUGUCUUGA